UGCUGUCGAAAUGACUUGAUCCGCGUUCCGCCGUCUCACGCAGCCCCCUCAGUGCUUCUUCAACUGUUCGACAACGCGGCGUUUAUGCGUUCGAUUCGUGCAUACAACAACGUCUUCGCGUUCACGUCGAUGGGCGCUUCACGGUCGCGCUCUCUCACUGUAGAUCACAGUGUGUGUCGGGAUGGUGUGUACAACUUCCGCGUUAUGGGCUCGGUUUGCCAUCGAAUUGGGUCAUUAUUGCCGUCAGAGAGCGGGAGGUCAAUGUACGCACAGGUCUACAUCAACGAUCCGGAUAUGAAUGCGCGUGUGACAAGUCGGAUGCAGAUGACAGACGGUUUGGAUCAAGCGGUUUUGGAAAAGAUCGAUGAAAUUAUGGAAAGACACAACCCUUACGCGCAACAGUUUCUUCACGCGCGAAGUAUAUUGGUUCAGCGG